ACACGUGAUCCUUGAGCAGGACGUCUCGUGUAAGCUGGCUGGGUGUGCAUAUAUAAGAGCGAACAUUCGCUUGACUCUCGUUUAAGAACAGCCAUCAUGCAGCUCAAGGUUCUGAUACUGUUGGCAGGCAUCGUCGCACUUUCAUGUGCGCAAAGGACGCCCGAAAGCUGCAGGCCGAACGAGACGUGGAAGGAGUGUGUGAGCAGCAGCUGCAGAGAAGGCACUUGCGAGAAGCCCGUCGUGGGACCCGCUUGCACGGCUGACUGCAUCCAAGGCUGUUUCUGUGCAGAAGGAUUUUACAGGAACCAGGAGCAUCUGUGUGUCCCUCUCAAUGAGUGCCCUGGUCACCACUGAGUAGACGCUCGAUUCGGCUCACUCUUCUUGUGGGCCAGUCCCAGG